AUGGCUGGUGAAAUGGUCAUGUCUGCAUAUGUUGGUUGCGGUGCUGGCAACAUUUCUCGCACACAAGUUCACAAUCGACGAGAGUCAGGGCCGGACCUUGAAGCGUUGCACCAACUUCCAAUGGAGCCGCUCGACACCGAGCCGGCCGGUCUUUUCGUGCACAAAGACUUUAUAUCCAAAGAACACGAAGAGACCAUCCUGCAAAUCCUUUGCGACCAGCUCGACUGGCCGGACCGCAAGGGCCGUCGCUCGCUACACUACGGCUACACAUUUAGCUACAAGACGUUUGCCAUUGACACGGACGUGCCGCACGCGCCGUUUCCGGACUGGCUGCUGCCGCUGCUCCCGGCCGACGAGGGCCGUCCGCCGGACCAGGUCUGCGUGCAGCACUACCCGCCCGGGACGGGCAUCCCGCCGCACGCCGACACGCACAGCGCGUUUGACCAGCUGUACUCGUUAUCGCUCGGGUCGCCGGUGCUGAUGCAGUUUUGCCGCCCCGGCGGCGUCGGUGGCGGCGGUGGCGGCGGUGGUGAUGGCAGCGCCGCGCGGGGGGAGGCCAUCAAGGUCGACGUUGAUCUGGCGCCGCGGAGCAUGAUGCGCAUGUCUGGCGACGCGCGGCUGCACUGGACGCACGGGAUCCGCGCGCGCAAGACGGAUACGCUGGUGGAGGAGGCUUUCGACGACGACGGGGAGGAGCAGAAGAAGACGUCGGCGGUGGUGGUGCGCCCGCGGAGGGAUCGCUGGAGCAUCACGUAUCGCUGGCUGCGCGAGGGCGGCGUGUGCGAGUGCGGCGACGAGAGGCUGUGCGACACGGCGCAGCGCAGAAUGGGCGUGGAGCGCGAGUACCGUUGGAAGGCGGCCGAGGGCAAGUCGUCGCCCGAGGACACAGGAUAA